AUCAUGGUCUAAAAAAAAAUUAGAAAUUGAUAAUAAUCCCAUGAUAAAACUUCAGAGAUGUAAACAAUCUUACUGAGAAAUACGUUUCCAUGUUCAAGUCCCAAAAACCUCCGAUACUGAUGCUAAUCUUUCUUCGACUCCUACCAAUAAUCAAGAAACUAACAAAUUUGAGUCUCUUAUCUCCCGAAGACUGAUUCAUCAUUCUAUAGAAAACUAUGUUAGCCAACUGUUCGAACUGGAAAGAAUUUCCAUGGAAUGAAAUUUGAUUUUUUUAAAUCUCAAUUGAAAACUAUUUCAAUUCACUAAUAUGGUUCCUUACUUGUUGCGUUAUAAGUUCCCCGGAAUAACUGAAAGAAGCCAAAACGAACGUAAAAACUAUAGCUGUAUUGCCAUAUCUAGCCAUAUUUUCCAUUCCUGGAGGAAAUCUAAAACCAUAGACUAUCCUGAAGUUGAUAUAUCUUGUGAGGAAACCAGCGAACAUAAGAGAUAUGUUUGAAAGGAGCAAAAUAUCUCUGACAACGACCACUAACCAUGAAAUUCAAGAUGUGGGUUUUAAGUCUAUGGAACGAUGGAAAAAAUGGUUCGAGAUUUUCGUAGGCGUCAAUGUUAUGGUGUCUGUACAGGUUACCAUCGAAAGCAUGAUGGAAAGAAAACCGUUCAUAAUGGCAUAUUUGGAAGACGAGAAAGCUAACGACUUGCUUUACUGCCUUUUGGUCAUUUUGAUCAACGUGAUCUUCAUGUUAUCCACAAUAACGACUGUUCUGGGAUACGAGGGUACUUUUAUUUAUUUCAUAGCUUAUUCCGUGGCUGAAAUAAAGAUGGUGAAGUUGGCGUUGAAGAGUUACCGUUUCACCUCGAAGGAAGGAAGGGAAACAUUUAAUAAGAUUCUGGAUCAUCACGUUCAUACUUUGAACUUCAUACAAGAUGUAAGCGAUAGCUAUUCUUUCAUACUCUUGUGCCAGUACUUAACCAGUUUGACAGCGGUUUGUUUCGCCCUUUUUUUAAUGACUUUAGACGGGAUGCCACCUGAUUUGGAUCAUAUUACGAGGUAUGGUAACUUAUCGGUGACUUACUUACUACAGUUGGCUAUUUUGUGCAUUGCAGGGGACAUAUUAACUAAUGAGUGUUCUGGCAUUGGAGACAUAAUGUUUCAUAAGGACUGGGAUGAGAAUUUGGUUUAUAGAAAUUCUUUUGCAAUGGCCUCUGUGAUGAUGAUACAGCGAACUCAAAAGUCCGCUGCCUUAUCGAUCGGUGGAUUUACAGAACUGAAUCUAGAAAGCUUUGGAGAAGUAGUAAAAAGUGCAAUGUCGUUCUUGACAUUUAUGCAAACUGUUUAUGAGGAAAAAGGUGGAAAUCUAUCGAAAUAAACAUACAUUCAAUGCAAUAUUUAAGAUAUACAAACAUUUUGGUCUUUGAUGUAUCAAAAAAAUGAAUAUAGAAUGAUAAUUUCUUCGAAUACUUUAUGCAUCAGCAACAUUUUUUCAGCAUGGACUGUAGGAAAAUAAAUAAAACUAA